AUGGCCGAAGACAAGAAAUCCGACGACUACACCGUCGACAUGAACAAGGUGGACCAAGGGAAUAAGGAGUUCGAGGCUGCGCCGCCGCCGACUCCCUCGCCCCGCGCCAGUACUGCCAUAUCCAACAACCCCGCUCUUCCCGUUCUGGCAUACUGCGGUUCGUCAAUUAUGAUGACCGUCAUGAACAAGUAUGUUCUGUCAGGGUUGGAUUUCAAUCUGAACUUCCUCUUGCUUUGUGUCCAGUCUUUGGUCUGCAUUGCUGCAAUUCAAACAUGCAAGUCCAUGGGUCUUAUCACCUACCGGGAUUUCAACGCCGAUGAAGCCAAGAAGUGUAUGGACUCCGAUUAUAACAAGCUAAGAGAUAUAGCAGCUGACAAGUUUUCCAUCUCAGGGUUCCCAAUUACGCUCCUACUGAUUGGCAUGAUCUAUACUGGUUCCAAGGCCCUUCAGUUCCUUUCAAUUCCUGUCUACACUAUCUUCAAAAAUCUGACCAUAAUCCUGAUUGCUUAUGGAGAAGUUCUCUGGUUUGGUGGAUCGGUCACUAAUCUAACCCUGUUCUCCUUCGGCCUUAUGGUUUUCAGCUCGCUCAUUGCCGCCUGGGCUGACAUCAAGCAUGCCGUGGAGAGCACCGGUGACACCUCCAGCAAAGUCUCCACCCUGAAUGCUGGAUACGUCUGGAUGUUGAUCAACUGCCUGUGCACCUCGUCCUACGUCCUGGGCAUGCGCAAGCGCAUAAAGCUCACCAACUUCAAGGAUUUCGACACCAUGUUUUACAACAACCUCCUGUCGGUCCCUAUCUUAAUUGUUUUCACCCUGCUGGUCGAGGACUGGUCAUCCGCCAACCUCGCCCGCAACUUCCCUGAGUCCAACCGUCACGGUAUCUUCUUCGCUAUGAUUCUGUCCGGUGCUUCCUCUGUCUUCAUCUCCUACACAUCCGCAUGGUGUGUGCGCACCACCUCCUCCACCACAUACUCUAUGGUUGGCGCUCUCAACAAGCUGCCCAUCGCGAUCUCUGGUCUCAUCUUUUUCGAUGCACCAGUCACUUUCCCCAGUGUUUCCGCCAUCGGUGUCGGCUUUGUCAGCGGUAUUGUCUAUGCCGUGGCCAAGAUCAAGCAGAACUCGAAGCCCCGCAUCGGUGUUCUCCCCACGCCCGUCAGUGCCAGCAGCCAGAGCAUGAGAGACUCGCUGCGCUCUUAA